GCCAAGUAAUAAGAGUCAACGCUCUCUCUGAACUCUUCCACCACCGCCAACCGUCGAUCGGAGCUCCAAUGGCUACAUCUAUAGUCUACAGAUCCCCUCGUCCACAUGUCGAUAUACCAAAUGAUCCAAGCAUUUCCAUGCUCUCUUUCCUUUUCAGAAAAACCUCAUCAUUUUCUACUAGGCUCGCCCUCGUCGACUCCGACUCCGGCGAAACACUGACCUUCUUCCAGCUCAAGUCCACCGUCUCCAGGCUUGCUCACAGCUUUGCCCAAUUAGGCAUCACCAAAAACGACGUCGUUCUCAUUUUUGCUCCCAACUCGGUCCGCUUCCCCGUUUGCUUCCUCGCCAUCGUCGCUCUUGGAGCAAUCGCCACCACAGCUAAUCCUCUUUACACCAUUUCGGAGCUUUCCAAGCAAGUCAAAGACUCCAACCCUAAAUUCGUUAUCAAUAAAUUGGUAUCAUUUGCUAAUAACUUGAGGGUAGAUUCCAUGGGAAAGGCAGCAGGUUUGGAUCCAGUUAAACCAGUGUCUUCAAAUGCAACACUCCAACACAAUGUACACGAGCUUUGGGAUAAGGUCAAGAAUUUCGAUUUAACAUUUGUGAUUUUGAGUUCUUCAGCGUCUCAGAGACUCCCAAGUUCGAAUUCCAGGGUCUGGUACUAUUCCGAUUUGAUUAAAACGCCAGAGGACAGAGAUUUGGAUUUUCCGCCGGCUUCGGUGGUGCAAACAGAUACCGUGGCGCUGCUGUACUCGUCGGGCACCACCGGAACGAGCAAGGGAGUGAUUCUGACGCACCGCAAUUUCAUUGCGGCAGGGGUGAUGGUGACGGCGGACCAAGCGUAUUACGGCGAAAGCAGUAACGUGUUUCUAUGUUUUUUGCCUAUGUUUCAUAUAUUUGGGCUGUCUGUCAUAUUGUAUGCCCAGCUUGUGAGGGGCAACACUGUUGUAACAGUAGCGAAGUUCGAAAUCGAGAAGGUUUUAAGGAGUGUAGAGAAGUAUAGGGUGACUCAUAUGUUUGUUGUUCAUCCUGUUAUGAUUGCUUUGGCGAAGCAGAGUGUGGUCCGGAAGUAUGAUUUGUCGUCACUGAGGCAAAUUUGUUCCGGGGCGGCUCCUUUGGGAAAGGAUGUGAUGGAUGAUUGUGCUAAGAAUGUUCCUCAAGCUGCUGUCAUUCAGGUAUUCAAACCGAGAAUUGGAAUUUAUCUUCAACUUUUACUGAUAAAUUGUUGCAAGUUCUGUUCUCUGGCCUAUGUUUUGUUAUUGGGAAUUGUAGGAAUCGACCCGGGAAAGUUGAACAUAUGUGCUCCUGGGAGUAAUGUCUCGGCCUACACCCUAGCUCGUGUGGUAGAGACACCAAGGGCUGCAACAAGAUUGAUACAAGGAAUGAGGGGUGACAACAAGACUGUUUUUGUCAUAAAGCUGCAUCAUGAUUCAAAAUGCACCAUGUGGUAUUCAAGCUCUCGUCAUUCUGGUUCAACUGGCAUUCUCGUUCCAAGAGUUGAAUCACAAAUAGUUAGUGAAGAUACAUUGAAGCCUCUUCCACCAAAUCAAUUAGGUGAAAUAUGGGUUCAAGGGGCAAACAUGAUGCAGGGUUAUUUUAACAAUCCACAAGCCACAAAACUGACUAUAGAUGAACAAGGUUGGGUACGUACAGGAGAUCUUGGGUAUUUUGAUGAAGGGGGACAAUUGUUUGUUGUGGAUCGAAUAAAAGAGCUUAUCAAGUUUAAAGGCUUCCAGGUAGCACCAGCUGAGCUUGAAGGGCUGCUGCUUUCUCACCCUGAAAUAUUAGAUUCUGUUGUCAUCCCACUUCCAGAUGUUGAAGCUGGCGAGGUCCCAAUUGCAUAUGUAGUUCGUUCUCCCAGAAGCUCACUAACUGAAGAAGAUGUUCAGAAAUUUAUUGCAAAACAGGUUGCACCAUUCAAAAGAUUACGAAGAGUAACUUUUAUAAACAAUGUUCCAAAGUCAGCUUCAGGAAAGAUUCUCAGAAGAGAGCUCAUAGAGAAAGUUCGAUCCAAGAUCUAAGAUACAAAGGUUUACUAUCCAUCACCUACAUUAUAAAAAGGUUAAUACAGCAUCCACAUUUCUAAGAACCAUUGUUUGGUUGUAUUGGUGGCCCUUUAAUACACCAUAUACUCAUUUUAUUUUUAAGAAAGGACUUACAUUAAUUCUUACAGAGAAUGGCAGAACUGCUUGUAGGCCAUUUUAUUAAAUAGAAAAUAGUUGAAGCAUGCACUUGCCAUUGCCUGUAGAAGUGUGUGAUACUUGGUGUACUAUGCUUGAGUCUUCAAGCUUGGAUAAUACAAAGAUUCUAGGUUUUUAAAUGUAAUUAUUUUUGGUU